GCUUGAGUGGUCACAUGAUCACUCUGUAGAUAACGCUGGAGGUUGUUGACAUGAGUAGAAGGACAUUAAUAUGAGCGCGGAGCUGUUGUUGGUGUUUUCUCUGGCCUUUAUGGCUGUGUCGGCGAAUCAGCUGAAGAUCCCUCCGCAUGAGGAAGUAGCGCGAAUGGCGCGGUUCGUCGUUAACCAGUGCGACUGGGCCUCCAUGGCCACCAUCUCCAGCCACGAGCCCGUGAAGGGGCAGCCGUUCUCCAACACCUUCUCCAUCAGCGACGGGCUGCAGGGCAACGGCACCGGGAUCCCCUACAUGUACCUCACACACAUGGAGAUCUCCGUGCAGGAUCUGCAGGUGAAUCCACAGGCCUCCCUGUCUGUAUCUCUUGCUCAGACACAUUUCUGUAAGAACAAAGGGUAUGACCCCCAGAGCCCCCUGUGUGCCCACAUUAUCCUGUCUGGCUCUGUACAGGAGGUGAAUGGUACAGAAGCUGAAUUUGCGAGGAAGGUGCUGUUCAGCAGGCAUCCUGAGAUGAUCGACUGGCCUGUUGACCACAACUGGUUCUUUGCUAAAAUGGCAAUAAGCCAGGUUUGGGUGUUGGACUACUUCGGAGGGGUGAAGAUGGUGUCGCCUGAGGACUACUACAAAGCUACACCAUUUUGAAGAGCACCUCUGUGAGUGAUGAGGUGUUGACAGUGGCCCGGAUUAUGAAGAUUCCAUCAAAUGAAUGGAUUUUUCAGAAAUCACAGUUAUUGGGUUCAAGAUUGUUUAGUUUUCCUUUGAGCAAUAUACCUAGCUGAUUCUUUGGCACUUUGUGAAGACACUUUUUUGAUAAGAUAUUUUUAAUCUAUGCUUUUCAUGUAUUUUAAUAAUAAUAAUUUUAAAUCAUGCUGUUCAGUGCAGUCUUGCUUCAAAAAUGAUUGUGAAAGGCUUUUUAAUACAAACAAUGCCUAUAAUUUUGACAAUUUAGUCUUCAUAUAGGUAGGUGAUCUUUUGUCUUAAAUGAUUAAUGAUCAUCUUUUUUGCACUUUGCACAAUUGUUAGUCUGUACAUUACAUGGUGUAAAGAAUGAGCCUUAAUUUCCUGUAAUUAAUAGGGUUUCAUUCAGUUGCAGGUCUUCCUGCUGACGCUAAUGUUGUGUAAUGUUGUAAAAGUGUGAAAGCGUGAUCUGUGAAAAAGCCCAUGCAAUGAAAUAAAGUUUAACUGCUUCCAACAA